AUGGCAAUAGCAACGAUUUUAGCAGCAAGAGCAUUCGAAAGAGAACGAGUAUUUAGAGGUAGGCAAAAUCCAUUGGGAACAAUGACAGAUGAUAUGGUUUUAGCACGAUAUAGAUUUCCAAAAACGGCUAUAAUCAAUUUAUUGACUCUCAUUGAACCUCAAAUAGUUCGUGCAACUCAAAGAACGCAACCCAUUCCACCCGUAAUACAGUUGUUAACUGCUCUACGCUUUUAUGCCACUGGAUUAUUCGUUGAUGGAGACAUACAUGGCAUCAGUAAAGCUUCUGUCAGUCGGUUAAUGAAAGCUAUAUCAGCAAUUUUAGCAAAUAUGGCAACACAAACAAUAACAUUUCCAAGCACAGCAAACGAACUCGACGAAAUUAAGCAAGGUUUUUAUGAGACAUCUCGAUUUCAGCGUGUUAUAGGGGUUAUUGACUGUACAUAUGUUCAAAUAAAAACUUCGUCACAAAAUGAAGGUAAAAAAGAGUUCUAA